AAUAAGCGUCUGUGUUGCAUUUGAUUAAAUAAAAAUGAUUGAAACACAUUAAAAAUAAAGUAGUUGUUCUCUGGUUAUCGUUGAAACAAGUGUUUUGUUUUUGUCUCGAUCCAAAAUUUUGUCAGUUGAAAAUGAAUAGCGAAUUUCAGACUAAUGAGUCUGGAAUGGAAAUAUCGUCGCGAACCUUGGUUUCAUCGUUUCUGUUUCAAUGUAAUUUAUUCAAAUUGGUGACGAACGAUGCGACCAGUGCGACGGCCCAGUGCAUGGUCUGCAAACGAAAUGGGCAAGUGAGGUAUUGCAAGGGUAAAAGCACCACCAACUAUCAUUUACACAUGAAGCGAAUGCAUCUCAGAGAAUACGAGGAAUAUCUCCGCAUUAAAGAAGGUGGCAUUCCAAGAAACAUCAUUCCUUUUGGCGCAAAUCCAAUGUCCGACAACGAUGAUCCCGAUGCGCAGUCUGCUCGAUCAUCACUUUUGUUUGAACACGGCUUUUUCGAGAUUAAUUUUCGAAUGCCGAAUAACAAAAACAUCAAAGCAAAUUGCAUGUCCUGCCACCGAAUGGGUCGAUCGAAUUUGAUUCAAGCACGGGAGGAUUGCAAUUCUAAUCUAUUGGCACAUUUGAAG